AGCCACCGUGCUUUUACACCUGCAUUGCUUGCUGUUUGGGGUUUUAGGCUGGGUUUCUGUACAGCACUUUGAGAUAUCAGCUGAUGUAAGAAGUGCUUCAUAAAUACAUUAGAUUUGAUAUGAUUUGGGUUUAGGAGAAAACUUACCAGGUUCAGGACGAGCUCUGUCUCCGCCCUCUAGUCACCCAGUCAAAGCUGUGUACUCUUAUUGUUCACGUUGAUGCACACAAUCAGAUGUAAUGACAGUAGAGAUGGUUGGCUUGUUGGUUUGUUACACUACUUCUAAGGAUGGUUCAGUCUUAAUUUAUGGUAAACUUAAGUCCACAGCCCAGUCCACAGCCCAGUCCACAGCCCAGUCCACAGCCCAGUCCACAGCCCAGUUCACAGCCCAGUCCACAGCCCAGUCCACAGCCCAGUUUACAGCCCAGUCCACAGCCCAGUCCACAGCCCAGUCCACAGCCCAGUUUACAGCCCAGUCCACAGCCCAGUCCACAGCCCAGUCCACAGCCCAGUCCACAGCCCACACACACACAGCCCAGUCCACAGCCCAGUCCACAGCCCAGUCCACAGCCCAGUCCACAGCCCACACACACACAGCCCAGUCCACAGCCCAGUCCACAGCCCAGUCCACAGCCCAGUCCACAGCCCACACACACACAGCCCAGUCCACAGCCCAGUCCACAGCCCAGUCCACAGCCCAGUCCACAGCCCAGUCCACAGCCCACACACACACAGCCCAGUCCACAGCCCAGUCCACAGCCCAGUCCACAGCCCAGUCCACAGCCCACACACACACAGCCCAGUCCACAGCCCAGUCCACAGCCCAGUCCACAGCCCAGUCCACAUCCACAGCCCAGUUCACAGCCCAGUCCACAGCCCAGUCCACAGCCCAGUCCACAGCCCAGUCCACAGCCCACACACACACAGCCCAGUCCACAGCCCAGUUCACAGCCCAGUCCACAGCCCAGUCCACAGCCCACACACACACAGCCCUCUCCAGAAACUCACACAGGAGCAACAGAGAAAUGGACGCCCCGCCCAGACCAGCAAGAUACCCUCCUAGAACUGCGAGACCCCCUCCCGGAGGAGCUGCACCAAGAGGAUCCACACCAAGAUGACCCAGACCACAGCACUGGAGGUGCUACUGUAAUGCUCCAAGCCUAA